AUGCAGCCUUUAGAUGUAGCUUUUUUUGCGCCCUUGAAAAAAUCAUGGCAGGAGGAGCUGAACAAGUGGCGCUUCGAAAAUAAUGGCGCGAUGAUUUCAAGAACCGAUUUUGCUCCACUUCUAGAGAAAGCUAUAGAUAGAAUGGCAAACAAGGAAGCGUCAUUGAUCAAUGGGUUUCGUAAAUGUGGCUUAUAUCCAUUCGAUGCGAAUGCACUAGAUUACGAAUUAUUUCCUAAACCUUUCGAUAGACCUUCAUCCCUCACAGAAAAUGUACCAUCCGCUGAUGACUGUCAAGCCCCAGAGAUGGAUAGAAAUUUGCACUUCAUGCAGAUGAUGAACAAAAAGUUGACACCAGAGAAGCUAUCUCUAUUUCGAGAACAGCGUAAUAAUCUUAUCUGGUCAGGACCAGUGGAGGAUACAACAAUGUUUUAUUUUUGGCGUAAUACGAUGGAUGAGAUCGAAGGCCUCCCGGAAUUCAUAAUAAUCGAUGCACCGUUUGUCAUGAUAGAAGGAGAUCACGCUUCAUUCGCCGACGAUUCCGCUAAUUCAUUGAAUAAUGAAGCGACUAAUACGACAGAAGAUUCGUCUUUCAUCAAUGUUCCUGGACCCGAUGUGUCCGAUUUUAGCAACAACUUAAGCCAUGAUUCAGAAAAACCAGAAGCAGAAGCAGGUAAAUGCUCUAAAGAUUUAUCGGAUAUGUUAUCGUGUUUGUAA